AUGCAUGAAGAUGUAGAGAAUAACAAAAACGAUUUCGGGACUAUUAAAUCUGACACAGUUGAUAAAAUAAGGAAAGAAAUGACACAACAAGUCGCGAAUGAAUCUUUUGAAAACGUAAAUGUUUACCUUAUCGACAACCGUUUGGUUCUAGACUAUGAUUUUCCAAUCCUCAUAGAAACUAUGAUUAGUGAAGCGCCAACAUUAAAACAGAAAACAAUGGCAUUAACUAUGACAAUUUUCACAGAAGAUCUUAUAAAUCGAAAAAGGAGUGCACUUAGAAAAAGAAUAAUGGUUGUAGCACUAAAUUCAGCAGUUGGUGCAGCAGUUCCUUUGCCAGGAGUGAGUGCUGUUAUAGAUACAGCAAUCAUCAUUGGAGAAGUCAAAUUUUACAAACAACAAUUCGGCCUUGAUGAUAAAUCGUUGCAGGAAAAUGCACGCUUACUAGAAAUAAGUGUCGAAAAUCUUAAAGAGUAUUUGAACAUAACCAGGAAAAUAGCACUGUCGUCUGUACGUUCGAUUGCUACUUUUGUGGGCACCCUGGCUUUAUCAGAAGUUGCCGAGAAAGUUACAACUUUUGUUGUACCUGUACUUGGAAGUAUUAUUGCCGCGGGGAUAUAUUACAGUAGCACUGUUUCUGCAUUAAUGUCCCUAUUAGACGAAUGCGUUUCCGAUUCACUUAUUAUAAAUAAACAACUGAUGCAAAAGAUGUCUGAGUCUGUUUGA